AUGUCGACUGACAACGAUAAUAAGGAAAAUGAAUUAAAUGUGAUAGACUUGGCCAAAAAUUAUGAUUGGUCAGCAACUUGUCUCGGGCCUAUGGAUUCAUGGGAACCUUCAUUUAGAACUGUUGUGGCUGAUACUGAAUUUGGGAGAUGA